CCUCUGUCACGUGAUUCAUUUGACCUCCAGCGGUUUAUUUGUGCUCUAGUUUUCAAGGUGAAGGUGCUGAACGUCAGCCAGAGUUACUACGACAAAUACGAGGUGGAGAUCACACAAGUGAUCAAACUGGGCAUAGAGGCAGGAGUUGAAGUGGGUCAGAGGAGGCUUUUCAUGUCUCAUGGAGGCUGCAGAGACGGACUGGUCCUGAACCAGGGCUCCCAGUACCUCAUCAUGGGGCCCACAGAGGACCAGUGGAACGCUGACGCUGACACCGGCAGAUCCGUCUACGUGUUGGGGAAGGACACCUGGGUGGAGCGCUGGCCGUCGCCCACAGAGUGCUCCAGCAGUGACGGCCUGCGAGAUAAAUGCCGGAGCCUGAAGGACGCGGCGACUGAGCUGUCCGUCAACGGCUGCCGGCUGUAGAGCCUCCUCAGUUCUCUCUUUGCAGAAGGGUUCACAACACAAAGAGAGUCAAGCUGUCCAGAUGCCUUUGAGCCACAUGUUACAUCGACAUGACCUGUGAAGGUCAAACCAGCAUUUGAUCCAUCUACUGGGUGCUAAAACAACCAUUCAUCCAUUUGGCCAAAGUGAAUGAAUGAAUAAAUGAACACCUUAAUGUG